AAGCGGCAACUUAAAAGUGAAAAUGUCCGCAGCUGCAUGUGAUUGAUGCCGAACUGUAAAAGCGAGUUUCUUAAAUGAAGAGCCUUUUUUUCAAGGGAGUCUCGCUCGAGCUUCUGCCUCCCGCGCGGCCGCCUGUAAAAUGAGAUCCAACCCGUUCUGAGCUGCGCCGACCGCCUCAACCUGCUUACUUCUCGACCAGACCAGGAAGCGCCAUGCAGUCUAGCGGCCGGUCGCCUGCUUCGCGACGAUGAAGGUGAUCCACCUCGGGGGCCGCAAAAAUGCCACCACAGCCGGUGACCUUCUCGCCUCGACAGGAAGGACGCCGAGCGGCUCUCCGGAGGAAAGGCUACCGCUUCCGGGCGCCAGGCCACGGCUGUCUAAGGCCAACAAGGGUGCCAUGGUCAAAGUGGUCCGGUUGCACCUGUCGCCUCAGCCGCCCAGCCUGGAGAGCCUUGAAGCGGCGUGGAGCGGCAGAGCCCCGCCGAGCCCGGAACGGAGGAGCGGCGAGGCGGCGGAGGAAGAGCACCCCGCUCCUCGCAGCCGGAAGAAGGGCUACAAACCCCCCGACGUCAGGACCAUCUUCGGCCCCGAGGAAAAGGACCCCAGGGUGAAUGAGGAGUCCGGAGAGGGCCACUGCUUCGCUGCCGGCGGGGAGAGGACCUGGUGUGACGUGUGCUGCGAAUACAUCUUCCGCGGAGGGCUCACCUGUGCAGGCUGCAAAUACACGUGUCACCCUGCCUGCAGAAGCUACGUGACUCUGGAUUGUCACCCGGCUGCAUCGGCGGCGGCCGUCACUCAGGACCACAUCAACAACAACAUCUCACCUUUAAAAGAUGUGGAGAAGGAGAAGCAGCUGCGCACCGAGUUGAGCCGUGAGGAAAUCAGGCUGAAGAUUGAGCAGUACAACACGUUGACCAGAGACCUGCUCAAAAUGACGCUGGGCGCCAGCGGGGUGUACACGGGCUUCAUCAAGGUCCAGAUGGACCUGAGGAGGCCGGUGACGGUGCGCGGCGGUCGGAGGUCGACCGGCGGGGACGCGGCCGCGGGCGAGGCUUUCUACCUGCCGCGGGGAGUCAGCAACACGCUGCACAUCAGCUCCAACAACACCGUCAGACAGGUGAUCGUGGCCCUGCUCAACAAAUUCACCGUAGCGGACAACCCGGCAAAGUACGCGCUCUACAAAAGAUACCACAGAGAGGAGCAGGUGUACGUGUGUAAACUGGCGGACGGCGAGCAGCCGCUCUUUCUGCGUCUGGUGGCGGGACCGGACGACGACACGCUGGGUUUCGUUCUGCGCGAGCAACAGACCGGAGAAGUCUUGUGGGACGCCUUCUCCGUUCCGGAGUUGCACAACUUUCUGCGUAUUUUGGACAAGGAAGAGAACGAGCAGAAGGAAGCGUUGCUGCGCCGCUACGACGUCUAUCGCCACAGACUGAAGGAGGCGCUGAAGGAGGCGCGUGGAGGAGCUCCAUAAGACUUGAAUAGCUCUCUCUGGAGAGCCAAAAGGGCGUUAUUAUUGAGGUUUUUUUUAAUAGUGCAUUGCGAUGAAGAGGAGAUAAAAGUCCGCGUCUGGACCUUUUGAGACUGUGCCAUGACCUAGUUAAAUUCCUCACUACAGUCUGUACAAUUUUCUUAAUUUAUUUUGAGUUGAGCAGAGGCGGCCAAACAAUCACAAUGCACAAAAGUGGGACGUCAAGAAAGUUGAAUUUGAAUGUGGACGGGAUUCGGGAAGUAGACGACGAGGGACAGGAAACGUAGAAUAGAAACGUUACGCGAUAGAAGAAUGAAAAGCGGCUGAGGUGGGCACUUUGUUGUCGUGCCCGUCUUUGUGCGAGUGUCGCUUAAUCUCACACGAAGGACAGUUUGAACCUAAAAUGCGCUCUUAGCUUUAAAGGCAACCUUGCAUUGGGUUCAUUUUGAAAUUUCCAAAACUUUCUGGGAGGUUCUAGCAAGUGGGGGGGAAAAUGGUUAUGACGUCCACAAUAGUUGCUGCUCUUUGUUGUUGUUGUAGUCCAUCAGCAUCAGCUACUAGCAGCAGCGUUUCUGUUCAAUCAGUGCCCUCUUGUGGACAAAUGCCGCAGCUAAUCAAAUUUGUGAUUAUUUUUGUAUUCUUGUAACCAAAGAUUAUAUGUGGAGUUGCCUGGAGCAAAAACAAAAAGUGGAGGCAGAAUAUAUCGAGUAGAGUUUUAUUUAAAUGAUGUCUAUGAAACACUGGCUUUAAACGGAUGCACAGAACGGUCGGAAGCACAAAUUGGGACCAUUUUAAAUGCGGAAGAGCGAAAAUAUGGAAGCAAUUGUUGAAGAGAAAGAUUGAAUAUGAAGCGUUACGGCCUUUCUGUGCUUGUGCAUUUAAUCGAAGCGUCUCCAUGGAAACGCGUUCCUAUGGUUGGAAGCUGAACUCUUAUUUUUCUUUUCGGGGGGCACUUUAAAUGACUUCAAUUCAGGGAAGACGGGUUGGUGAUCAAUUUUUUUGGUCUUUGUUUUGUUGGUGAUGUUGGCUUUUGUUUAAAUCAAGUCAACAUUCUUCAUAUUUGUUUUUAUUCGAUGGCUGCCGUUUUGUGAGUAUACACUGAAUCAAUUAUUUUGGCCUCACGAUGCGUUACUGUGGCAACGUGUUCAACCAGGCUGUUUUCUGCAUGGUUUUAUCGUUUUCGAACUGGACAUUCUAUUUGUGUCGCUUGAAGCCACUUUUCCAGGAAGAAAACUCUAGCAGUGCCUUCCGAGCGUUUCUUUUCAUCUGCAGAUGGAAAAUGUAUUUUGGUGUUCACUUAUUAAAGUUGUCAUUUCAAAGACAAAAAA